GUAAUUUACAAAAGGGUUCGUUGAUUUAAAGUCCCAACAACUUUUGCAAAAAUCUUGAUAAGUUUAGCAGAGGUAUAAUCUUAUUGGUUAUUCAUAGCGAAUCAGUACGUUCUAGUCUGAAAAGAUGAAAGCCGUGAAAGUCUUGAUCGCUGGAGCUGGGAUCACUGGCUGUGCUAUUGCAUCUGAACUGAAGAGAUUCGCAUCCGCACUUGUAAAUACAUCUGUCGAAAUUGUCGUUUGGGAAAAGGCGGACCGAACUGGUGGACGCAUUAUGACGUUCAAACUACCAGAGAACGUGGAAUGCUUUGCUGAUCUUGGAUGCCAAUACGUCAGCGUCACGCCGCAAUCUCGCACUCGCUUUUCCAGAUUUUACGAUCAGCUGGAGCGCGAAGGCCUUCUGGUGCCCAUGCAAGCGCGAAUCGAAGGCAGUAAUCCAUACUCUGGGAACGAUGUUAGCGAUUUCGUCUGUCCACUUGGAAAUUCCGCAAUCGUUGAUUAUUUCCUUCAACAGUCACGAGCGACGCUUAAGACGAACUGUUCUGUGGAGUCCAUUGAAAGCACUUCAAACAACCAGUUCAUCGUGCAAUCAGGAAGCUCUGGUGUGACGGAGAGUAAUGUGGAUGUGGUCGUUUUGACCAUGCCUAUUCCACUGAUUGACGGCAUACGUUUGAAUGGUUUGUUAGCCGAAGAGAGGGCGAAAAUGAGAACAAUGCAUCCGGUAGAAUAUUCUUCACGGUACGCACUGGCGCUCUUCUUUCCCGAUCGCUGCGACGUGGGAUUAGAUUUUGGGUUUCGAUUUCUGGAUGAUGAUAUUUUAAGGUAUAUUGAAGUGGAUAAUAUAAAGCGUAAUCAGAGGGAUAAACCAUCCGCCGUCGUAAUGCAUUCUACAUGGCAGUUUGGGCAGAAGCAUUUGCAAAGUAGCCUGCUUGAAGCCGAGAAGCUUAUGUUGGAACGGUUUCAUAUCGUUUUCCCAUCCGUACCGCGUACAGAUUUCCGGAAAAUCCAUCAAUGGCGAUACAGCCAAGUACGCACUCAAAAGGAGGGAUCAGAGCGUUUAGGAUAUUGUGACCUACGAAAUCAAACCGGAUUUCUACCUGGAGUAUUUUGCGCGGGAGAUGGAUUUACGUUUUCUAGUAUGGACGGAUGUUUUGAGUCCGCUAGUCAAGUCUGUGAAGCAAUUUUUAAAAGAAUUUCAGACAGAUAAUUAGCCGAUAUGAUGUGUUAAUUUAAUACUUUAAUUUGGAUUUACUUUAGGGAUCUCGUUGCGUUCUUUCGCCUUUCGGUAUAAAUUAUGGAAUGAAUUGUAAAGAUUCGCUGUCAGGUUCCGACUUUUGCACGCUAAGGAAGAUAUUAUGUUAAUCGUUUGAUUUCCACUGCUACUUCCUUUUAUAAAAUUGUGGUGUACAUGCAGAUACGUCUAGUGAAACGUUUGAAGGU